GUCCUAUCGCCUAGCAAGCUCCCAUUUCUCACAGAUCACGGAACGGGAACGCAGCGGUAAUAAUUACGGCACAGCGAAGUCUGAAGAUGCAGGUCCGGAUGAGCCCGUUCUUAUCGGUGUGCCUCAGCUUGAUGAUGUCCAUCGGGUCUUGCCGGUGCAAGCCGGCGUUGGGUGUCCCACAGGUCGACGGAGCUGCGGGGUUUCUCCGGCCGGCGCUGGGGGACCUGGCCGAGGAGGAGGAGGAGGAGCAGGCUGCCCGAGCGAGGCUGGAAAGUUUCCUGGGCAACAUAAAGCAGAAGAUCCUCCGCAAGCUGAACCUGACCUAUGUGCCGCAGGAGCAGGGCAGGAUCGACCCGCCGCCAUUCAUGAUGGAGCUCUACAACAGAUACGCUGUUGACGGGUCCUCCGGCCCACUUUCGGACGUGAUCCGCAGCUUCAGAGUGCUAGAUGUCAUCCGGUCUGUAAAACACGGCAACACCUCAGAGCACCGGCUGCUCUUCAAUGUCUCCAUCCCCUGCCAUGAGGAGGUCACCGCCGCAGAGCUGCGGCUCUUCACGCUGCCCAACGGUGCCCCGCCAGACUGCACGGCUUGCCAGGCGACCAUCGGCGUGUAUAACGUGGAGCGUAGCCCGGAAGGACACGGGCUCCGCUUUCUCACCAGCAGGAGGGUGAAAGGCGGCCGUGGCGCCUGGGAGGUGUUCGACGUGACUGAACCGAAGUUGGGCUGGAUCACACCCGGCCAGAGCACCAGAGAGUUCGAGGUCCACAUCCAGCAGGGAGAAUGCGCCGUUCUCGACGUCAGCCUCAGCCUGAAGGACAACAGCUCCGCCAUCCUGAUCGUCUUCUCCAAUGAUCCCAGGAGCAGAAGGAAAGACGGCUGGAACGACCCCAAGCCUACGGUCGUGCGCGUAAAGGAUAGGCAUCCACCCGAGACCGAGGCGAUAAUCGACGACAACGAGAUCCCUAUCGACAUCCAUCCAAGGCGGAGGAAGCGAGCUGAGCACGACUAUUGCCGGAGAACCUCCCUCAAGGUGAACUUCAAAGAUAUCGGCUGGGAUUCCUGGAUCAUCGCCCCACCGGAAUACGAUGCCUUUGAAUGCCGGGGCAUGUGCUACUUCCCGCUGACGGACGAUGUCACCCCGUCCAAGCAUGCUGUGAUUCAGACGCUCGUCAACCUGGGAAACCCCAAAAAGGCCAACAUGGCGUGUUGUGUCCCGACCAAGCUGGACCCCAUCACGGUCCUGUACAAGGAGAACGGCAUACUUACCAUGAAACACUUCUAUGAAGAGAUGAAAGUCGCCGAGUGUGGAUGUAGGUAAUAGAGGAAAAAGAUGUGGGGGGGGGGGGGGGGUCUUCAUGCUGCUUCUACUCCACCAUCCCCCCACCCCCGCCCCCAGCCGGCUGCCUCACUACAGUCUAAUCUGUAAUAAGCGUUGGGAGUGACACUAUCACCCCUGUCAUGAUAAUGAUGUCAUGACCUUUGCUGCCAAUGGGAUUUCAAAACCUACAGUACUGGGGGAUUAGCAGUCACUGUCUAUAUUAAGCCGGCAACAUGCAGUGUAUGAAGAUGCCGCAAAGACCCAGAUUCUCCCAACAUUCCUUUGUGCUUCUCCCCCUGAUCCUCAGGGAACCCCAGACAGUCCACAUUUUUGCUCCCUCUCAGCUUCCGGCCAAUCAGGAACACCAAGUAUCUGGUACAGGUGUGUUGUGAGAGGGGAAGGAGCGAAAAUGUGGACUGUGUGUGGUUCACAACGACUGGGUUGAGAAACAAAACUUUAAGCAAUUCCCCCAAAGAUAAGUAAUAAUAAAACAAAUAAAAACAAGCAUGACUGAGUGAUGGUAGAAAUCUGCUUAAUUCCACCUCAAAAUAACACAAGCCACAUAUAUUCAAUAUUCAGUCUUUCUUUUGAUUAUCACAUUUAAAUUCAUUAUAUGUUUUUUCGAACACUGUGCAUAACUUUAAUAUUUAUAGCCCAACACACUGAAAUAUCAUCAAAUGUCUCAAAAAAAAAAAAUCAUUUCUAUAACCUCUUCUUACAGUAAGCGCUCAUCAUUUUCUCAAUACUCCUGUCAGCCACAGCGGUGAUUAAUGUGUGACAAUGGAAAGGAAACUGAAAGCGGAGGCACAUCAGCAAGCUGUGGAAUACAAGGUGCACAAACCUCUGAUUAAAAUCAGCUCAGCAAACCAAAGCUGAGUCUUAGCAAACGACUGUGACAAGUUAAUGCUUUCAUAUUUUUCAAAUUGAAUAAAUCGUGUACAUAAUAUUUAUUUAAUCGAUAUGGAAUAUCGGAUGGAAUAUAAUGGAUUGAUUAUCGAUAUUUGUUUAUGGUGUCCUGCAUUGAUACAUUUUGUAGCUUGAAAUUUAAAUAGUAACAAUCAGUAAAUGAUCAUUAAAUACCUUAAAGCCUCAA